AUGAACAACCCCAAUCCCCACUACCACUACCACCAAACGGCCAACUACACGACCCCCAGCCGGAAUCCCCCUCAACCCCGCAACAGCGGUACCCCAAGUGGCCGGCAUGUCCCUCCAAACGCCACAGGUGGCAAUCCAUUAGGACCUCACAGAGUCACCCCGACCGAUCACCGGUUCCACCCCCAUAACCAUCAGAUGUCCCCACCUGGGAACGACAACCAAGGAUCCCCUCGUAGGCCCGCAACCGAUGGACGGAUGCCUCGCACCCAAGAAGGCCCCGACCUUGGCGACUAUAACGAUGGUACCGACCUCUCCGAUCUCAUGGAUACAGGACUACUCCCAGCGCUCGAGGGGGAGGGCCCAAGGGGCGCUGGAGCAUACGAGGACCCGCCCCUUCCGCCGCCGUUAGAACUAGGACAAGGUGAUGUCCCACCGUUGCAGCUUAACAUGCCCCAGCAAAGACCGGAACAGCAGGUGCCCCCGGAUCUCCAACCCCAACCGCCUGUCCAAACCACCGAAGCGGAGGUCAUGCGUCGGUUCAUGGAUAGCCCCGAUGGGAUGGCCACCAUCCUCGGAGCCCUCAUCCAGCGAGGAGGAGCAGCGUCCAAUCCCGUGGCCAUCACUAGCCGCCACAUCUAUGGGCCAGUAGUCAGAGCCCAAGUUCUAGCCCAGCCCGCCGCGUGGCGCCACCUCCACCUGCCAGCUGGUCUUGCCAGCAAUACCAACGAUGCCAUCCAAAAUCUUGACCAGUUCCUGCGAACCAUGGUUAAACACGAGCGCACUACCCUUCGAAACUUGCUGCUCAUUCAAGUUCGACCAGACCCCCGCAAACGAGCGCCGGGUCCUAUACCUCGCCUGUUCGACCUCCUGGUUCUCAUUGAGCAAGGGCUGACCCCUCGGCACGAGACACGCACACGAGAUCAGGUGGCCGAAUGGGCCACCCGACCGGUUAGGCUCCGAUUUGCUUUGUUGCGCCUGCUCGCUGUUCAUCACUACAUUAAUCGACCCCCUGGCCAAACCCUAUCCCAAUGGGAAAUAAUCGAUCGGCAUCUCGAGAUGCUCGCAGGACCGCUCAGCCCGGUGGAGCUACAAGCGCAUAUAGAGCUCAUCAUCCAAAAGGACAGCGAGUACUUUGAUGGCAUCAAACGCAUCGAGGACAUUCCACCUGCGACGUUCCAUCUUCCUACUGACGCAGAGAUAUCCCAAGAGAUCGCCAGAUUGAACCGAUCCCCAGUGGUUACCCAGGAGGCCGCACCCCCAGGCGCAUAGUGCCCAAGAGUAGUGUUUUUUGAUUACAUCCAUCUCCUUCCUUGUCCGAUCUCAUGUCGUUUACGCAACUCAGUCCGUCUUAUAUAUACAACCACAUACACGCAAGAUGAUAGAUACAUACACACAGUUAUUUUUAUUCAAUUCCACCUUGUUCCAUCCAAUGUGAAUGCCAACUUGUAUAUAGCAUGGUCACUCCGACUGCCCGAUGUCUCCACCUACAGCUCCCAACGAGCAACCAAUCCAUAUGCUAGUAAAACCAAUAUAAAACCAAUCCCACAAGGACGAUUCCGG